UAUUAAAAGGAGGAAGAUGAUCAUGUGGAGACAACCGUCAAAAUACGUACAGACUUUUGUUUUAAGAAUUAAACAGUUUCUCUAUUAAACUAGUAGACCAACAACCUUUUCCAGCAAAGCCAGGCAUUUUCUCCUUUCAUUCCACUAGUUUAGUAUUACCCUUCUCUACUACUCUAUGUGCAUGUCAUUGCCAGCCAGACCAAUAUCACCUCCAAAUUUUCAAUUUUUUUAAGCCCACUUUCUUGAAAUCUUCAUUUUUCUUGAAAUUCUGCAAAAAUUAUAGAAUUUAGGGUUAGUAACUCCAACACCAACCCAGAUAUACAAAAUACCCAAAGUUCCAAACUUUGUUGUUUCCUUCAAGAAAAGAGUACCAAAUCACAUAAUUUUAAGUUAUACCCAUAAAUGCACUUUAAUUUCUUUCUUGUUUUAAGCAGAUACUAAGCAUUUAAAAAUGCUACUGUUUAGUCAAGAUCGAAAUCUUGUUUUUUUAUUAAUUGGACCCCAUUUGAGAAAAGGCAAAAGGGUGUUUGGAGAAAUAGAGAUCAAGAACUUCCAAGAUUGGAUCCAGCAAUGAUAAUGCUGGAGUGGAAAACAUGAGAAAAUUAGGUACAUUUGUUCAUUGUCUUGUUCUAGUUUGGUCUUUUUGUUUGUUUGAGUUGGAAUUGGUCUCUCCCAUUACUGAAAAAGAGAUCCUUCUUCAAUUCAAGGGUAACAUUUCUAAUGACCCUUAUAAUAGUUUAGGUUCUUGGGAUCCUAAUGGAACCCCUUGCAUAGACUUUAGUGGUGUUUUCUGUAAUUCUGAUGGUAAUGUGGUGAAAAUUGUGUUAUGGAAUACUAGUCUUGAUGGGGUUUUAUCACCUGCCUUGGCUGAACUUAAGUCUUUGAGAAUCCUUACUUUGUUUGGGAACCAAUUUAGAGGUGAAAUUCCUGCAGAGUAUGGUGGGAUUGAUUCAUUAUGGAAGAUUAACGUUAGCUCCAAUGCCCUUUCUGGUUCAAUUCCUGAGUUUCUUGGCGGUUUACCAAACAUAAGGUUCCUUGAUUUGUCAAGAAAUAUGUAUAGUGGUGAGAUUCCUGUGGCUUUGUUUAUGAAUUGUGAAAAAACUAGGUUCAUUUCCUUGUCACAAAAUAAUCUUUCAGGUCCAAUUCCAGCAUCAAUUGGUAAUUGCCAGAAUCUUGAAGGGAUAGACUUGUCUUUUAAUGGUCUUAGUGGAAGUUUACCUUCACAAAUUUGUGACAUUCCAGGGCUAGUUUACCUGUCUGUGAGGAGCAAUGCAUUAUCCGGAUUUGUUCAAGAACAGGUUUCUCCGUGUCAAAGGUUGAAGCUUUUGGAUCUUGGUGGCAAUAAGUUCUCCGGUUUGGCUCCUUUCGGGGUUCUUGAGUUGGUGAAUCUUACAUACUUCAAUGUUUCAAGUAACGACUUUGAGGGGGAGAUUGUUGACUCCGGGACUUGUAGUCAAAGGCUGGAAGUGUUGGAUGUUUCAAGGAAUAAUUUUUUUGGUGAAAUUCCCUUGAGCAUCACGAAAUGCAGUGCGUUGAAGUACUUGGACAUGGCGUAUAACAGGAUUAAUGGAAGUAUCCCUACUGAGCUUGCGGAUUUGAAAAGCCUUUCUGUUAUUCGAUUGGGUAAUAAUUCGCUAGGCGGGACAAUCCCACCCGAGCUUGGUAGUAUAGAAUGGCUUGCAUAUUUGCACCUGUAUAAUCUCACCCUAUUUGGCGAAAUCCCACAUGAGAUUAGCAACUGCAAGCUUCUUCUGCAACUGGAUCUAUCGGGGAAUCUUUUAGAAGGAGAAAUAAGACAAAACCUAUACAAUUUGUCAAACCUUGUAUAUCUUGACUUACAUCAUAACCAACUGAAUGGAAGUAUUCCAUCAAUUGUUGGUAAUUUGUCUAACUUGCAUUUUUUGGAUUUAUCUCAAAAUCUGCUGUCUGGGCCAAUACCUGUUGCUCUUGGAGAUUUGCAUAGUUUAACUCACUUUAAUGUAUCUUAUAACCUUCUAUCUGGUGCUAUACCCUCAAUUGAGAGCAUCAAGAAGUUCGGACCCUCAGCGUUUUUUCAUAAUAGUGGUCUUUGUGGUGAUCCUUUAGAAGUUUCAUGCUCUGCCAGUGGCACUACUCCUGCAAAAGGGAAACCGAAAUUGAGUGCCUCGGCUAUUGUUGCUAUUGUCGCUGCUGCACUAAUCCUUACAGGCGUUUGUUUGAUAACCAUCAUCAAUAUGAAGGCCCGGCGAAGAAGGAGGAGAGAAGUUGAAUCAUUCGUUGUAGAGAGCACGCCACUGGCUUCAACAGAUUCAAAUGUCAUUAUAGGAAAGUUGGUUCUUUUCAGCAAGACUUUGCCUUCGAAAUAUGAGGACUGGGAGGCAGGCACAAAAGCCUUGCUAGACAAGGAGUCUUUGAUUGGUGGGGGAACGAUUGGAUCAGUUUACAGAACUUCCUUUGAAGGUGGUGUAUCGAUUGCAGUAAAGAAACUCGAGACAUUGGGGCGAAUCAGAAAUCAAGAUGAAUUUGAGCAUGAAGUUGGUCGAUUAGGGUCCCUUCAGCACCCCAAUCUUGUUGCUUUACAAGGGUACUACUGGUCCUCUAGCAUGCAGUUAAUAUUAUCCGAGUUUGUUCCGAACGGAAACCUGUAUGAUAAUUUACAUGGACUUAGUUAUCCUGGAACCAGCACUGGUGCUGGUAACCCGGAACUGACUUGGCCAAGAAGGUUUCAGAUAGCUGUAGGAACAGCUCGAGCGCUCACGUAUCUUCACCAUGAUUGCAAACCUCCUGUCGUUCAUCUUAAUAUCAAGUCCACUAAUAUACUCCUGGACACAAACUAUGAAGCCAAAUUGACUGAUUAUGGCCUGAGUAGGUUCCUUCCCCUGCUGGAUAACUAUGGACUAACCAAGUUUCACAAUGCAGUCGGUUACGUUGCGCCAGAGCUGGCGCAAAGUAACCGACUUAGUGAUAAAUGUGAUGUUUAUAGUUUUGGGGUAAUUCUGCUGGAGUUGAUCACUGGGAGGAAACCGGUGGAGAGUCCAGUAGCAAAUGAAGUGGUGGUCUUGUGUGAAUAUGUUAGAGGGCUGAUAGAAAGGGGUGCUGCUUCAGACUGUUUCGAUAGAAGUUUGAGAGGCUAUGCGGAAAAUGAGCUGAUUCAGGUAAUGAAGUUAGGCUUGAUUUGUACUUCUGAAAUACCUUCAAGGAGACCUAGCAUGGCUGAGGUAGUGCAGGUUCUUGAGUCCAUCAGGAAUGGCUUGGGAUCAUAGUAAAGAUUAUAGAAUGAGAAAAAAAGUAGUCUAGCUGGGAUUGGAUUUCGGGUUAUAUUUAAGGCAGGGCCUGCUGUGCUGAACUCGCUUCUCAUGAGAUUUGGUGAGGGAAUAGGAAAGGAUCUCAAAAAAGAGAGAAGCACAGAUCAAUUAAUAGUAGCGUUCGUAUUCUUGAAUUUGGAAUGAGAGAUUAGGGGGUGGCAGCUUUUGGUGCAAAGAGAAGAUUCUUUUGUAUUUGAUUUGUGAUUCUUUUAAUCAAUUGGUACCACAUUGUAAGUUUACAAUAAAGCCAUUCUUUUCCUGUAAGAUGCCAAGGCAUUUUGAUGUCUCAUAUGCAGCUUCACAACUGCUUUUUAUAUAAGCAUACAAUAUCGCAGUCCA